UAUCUUGCCAGUAGUAAAUGUGGCCAGUACGUUGACAUUGGAAUUCUAGCAUCCGAUUUGCAGAAAACGUACAGUGCAGAAUAUGGACGGAGAAAAAGAAAUGCUUUUAGACUACAAGUUGAAAAAGUGUUUGGGAUAAUCAGUAAUGAAAAAGAACGUGAAGAUUUAGCAGUUUUAGAAGCUGAACAUGUGGCAAAAAGAGCAAGGCAACAAGAGAAAAAUGAGACUGCAGAAAGUGCCACAGAUGUCUCUGACUCUGAUGAUUAUCCAGAAGAUCUAUCAAUGAAUCAUAUGAACACUUCCCUGCUGAGCUUAUACAAGAAAGGAAAUCCUGAUUCUGUUCCAAACACCCCAAAACAUGAAUCACUGGAAACCCCCCCUCCUGUGCGAUCAGUGCCUCAAACAAGCACCCUCUCAGCAGGAGCAAGAGUCGAAACACGCAUCUCCGAAGGGGGCUGGUUCAUUGAUAAAACUCCCUGUGGAAAAGACUUUUUCAUUGACCUUUCUGAGGAUGGAGAAGGAGAUGGAAAGAAACUGGUUUCUGAGAAAUCAACAGAUUUUUCUGUCUUGGAGAGUGAAAGAAGGAAGUCAAAGGGUAAGAGAGCAAAAAGAAAAAAAGAAGAAUUUCCAGAUGUAGAUGGGGAAAUUGGUGCCAUCUUACUUAAAGAGAAAGCUAGAAGUAAAGGACCAGAGCUUUACCACCCUCCAGUGAAGUUUGAGGAUGUGGGAGGCAAUGAUGAAACUUUAAAGGAAAUAUGCAAGAUGCUCAUUCACAUCCGUCAUCCCGAAGUCUAUAACCAGUUGGGUGUGGUUCCACCUCGUGGUUUUCUCUUACAUGGACCACCAGGAUGUGGCAAGACACUGCUUGCACAGGCAAUUGCAGGGGAGCUUGAGCUCCCGAUGCUGAAAGUGGCAGCAACUGAGAUGGUGUCUGGAGUGUCAGGGGAAUCUGAGCAGAAACUGAGAGAAUUGUUUGAGCAGGCUGUGUCCAGUGCACCGUGUGUCCUGUUCAUUGACGAGAUUGAUGCCAUCACUCCGAAAAGAGAAGUGGCAUCGAAGGACAUGGAGCGGAGGAUUGUUGCUCAGCUCCUGACUUGUAUGGAUGACUUGAAUAAUGUGGCAGCCACUACCCAGGUCCUUGUUAUUGGAGCAACUAACAGACCUGACUCUCUGGACCCUGCACUGAGGCGAGCUGGGAGAUUUGACCGAGAAAUCUGUUUAGGGAUCCCAGAUGAAGCAGCAAGAGAAAAGUAUGUGUUAUAA